AUGGCAACCACAACGAUCACUUCCACGCAGCUGGCGCAAAACCCGUGCCCGUUUGGACUCGGCGAGAGGCGAGCCACCAUCACCCUACACGCCCCGGCCCAGGAAUGCCCCGUCCAAACGGUGCACGGCAACGCCGCCGCUGCCGGCUACCAAAGCAAGACCAAGGUGCUGAAAAGACAGCGCUCCAGCUCGCCGGAGCUGCUGCGCUGCAAGCGGCGGCUCAGCUUCAACGGCCUCGGCUACUCGAUCCCGCAGCAGCAGCCGGUGGCCGUGGCCCGGCGCAACGAACGCGAGAGGAACCGGGUCAAGCAGGUGAACAUGGGCUUCCAGACGCUGCGUCAGCACGUGCCAAACGGAGCCGCCAACAAGAAGAUGAGCAAAGUGGAGACGUUGAGGUCGGCGGUGGAGUACAUCCGGGCCUUGCAGCAACUCCUGGACGAACACGACGCGGUGUCGGCGGCGUUUCAGUGCGGGCUGCCGUCCCCGACCCUUUCCAACAGCUACUCCGCCGACCCCGAGUCGCCCCACUCCACUUACUCGUCCGACGAGGGGGGCUACGAGCCUCUGAGCUCCGAAGAGCAGGAGCUGUUGGACUUUACGACUUGGUUCGACAGGUACUGA